UGCUUUCGUAAGGAAUAAAAAUGUUCAAUUUCUUAAUUAUUUUUUUUUCGGAAUAAAAACAGAAGCAAACGAUUUUUGGCAUAAAUAUUUCUUCUAAUCGGUAUGGCAGCAGCCUCUAUGUGUGACCUUCAUUUUUAGAAGCCUUCUUAGAAUUCUACAUUGGUUUUAUGAGUAAGAAGUUCAACGUUACAAAAUACCUUUGAUUAUAAUUCAUGUCGUUAUUUAAGCAAUCCAUACACACUUUUUGAAAAAGAUAAAAAUGAUUUACAUUUAUGGAAAGUAAAAUGAAACACAUUAUUGUUGAUAUAAUGUUAGUUCUAGAUAUUGAAUGUUCGUUGUAUUAUUCCGCAAUUUUAUUUUGAAGCUAACGAACUUAAUCAUAUAUGAGAUAGUACCGAAGCUUAGAGGCCGCUUAGGCUGCUAUUACAGCAUUGAAUAUCAUUUGGAGUAUGGAAUCAGCGAGUUUCAUUUCAUAAAUGUGAAUAAAGACAUCAGAAUGCGUGCCCUCAUAGCUUUAGUAUAUUUUGAGAUAUUUUUAAGAGGAGGUGCUGAAGUACAUGAAAACCAAACUAAACUUUGUAGGAACAAUGAUGGUGAAUUUCUCCCAUAUGAAGAAUUCACUGCCGAUUCAUGUGCUAGGUGCUAUAAGUAUAUGCCAUCAGUGGCAUUCAUAUCGAAACUGAGGUACCGCUUCGAUAAACCAGGUGUUCUCUGUGAUUUAGAAACUAACCAAAGUUAUGCUGUCAAUCCCUCCAACAUCAGUCAAGAGAUACUAAAAACAUUUGCUAAUCCAUCCUUCUUGGAGAAAUGGGUUGAGUGCUGCAGAGCAGCUAAAGAUUGUUGCAUCAAAAUGCAGAACUAUCAUUCCGACGAUGCCGCAGCCUGUCCUCAAACCUGGGAUGGCUGGCAAUGUUGGACUUAUACUUCACCCGGAAUGAUUGCUGAACAGCCAUGUCCUGAUCAUAUUUAUUUUGAAGUAGACCCACCAUUCUGCACAAAAUAUGCUCUGAAGGAGUGCUCUCGAAAUGGAACGUGGUACACGAAUGAACAUUCUCGAGAAUGGACAAAUUUUCAAACUUGCAGCAAAAAGGGAGAAUAUGCCAUGCAUUUAGAAUUUCACGUCACAAUGUACAUAAUUUCAGUGAUUGCCAUUGUUCCCUCAUUGAUCGUAUUUAUGACUUUUAAACAACUUCAAGUACCUCGCAUCAAAAUGCAUAAACACUUUUUCUUUUCUCAACUUUUAAACGCUCUGUUCAUGAUCUUAUUCAAGUUACUCAUAGUGAAAGAUGAAUUGAAAAGGAGUCCUUCAUAUGAAACAUACAUUGAACAAAACAGCUCAUUGUGCAAAAUCAUAUUCACUUUAACAAAGUAUUUCCGCUCAACGAACUACAUGUGGAUGUUUUGUGAAGGUUUCUAUUUACAAAAACUGAUUGCCGCCACUUUUGCUGAACAGAAGAGUUUCAUCAUGUUCUACAUUAUUGGAUGGGUAUUUCCAGUUGUUCCAGUUGGUAUCUAUGCCAUAAUACGUGCCACUUUAGCAGAUGACAAAUGUUGGAUACAGCAUGCUGAGCCAUAUGAGUGGAUUAUGUAUGCUCCAAAUUUACUCAGUUUAAUAGUAAAUAUAGUGUUCCUUUGCAACAUCAUCAGAGUACUGGUGACUAAAUUACGUGCUACACAUGCUCGAGAGCCCAGUCAGUAUAGGAAAGCAGUGCGGGCAACUCUAGUCCUAGUCCCUCUUUUCGGACUGCAUUUCUGUCUCAUCGUCUACAGACCACAAUAUGGUAACUGUGCUUUAUUGCAAGCAUACACCUUCUUUAACAACGCUAUGGAUGGACUACAGGGUUUUCUGGUGUCGAUUAUAUUUUGUUUCAUGAAUGGUGAAGUUAUAAUUUUGAUAAAGCGCACUUACGCUAGAUACAAACUGACCAAUGAAUUCCGUCAAAGAAAAAACAGCAUGAAUACGAGAAGGUGGUCAACAACUGUUUCGUCCAUUAACGACAGUCAGCACAACAAUCAUCACAAACUGCGAAAUGGAGAGAUGCACAAAUUGAGAGACGUCCACAAAGGGAACAGAAUUGAAACUCAGGACAACGGAAAAAAAUGAUUUUAUUUUACGAAAUCUUUUUGUGCACUUUUCAAAAGAUUAUUCUGUCACAAUAUCAUUGCAGUGACUCUAAUAAUGGAACUGCUAAUAACAUAAGCAAAAGUCACUGCUUAUCUUUCAGGUGGGUGUUUUUACCAAUAUAAGUGGUAAUAACACUAAAAAUACAGGUCAUUACCUUGUUCAUAGAAAAAUGGUUGCUAUGCCGAUUUUUCUAUUUAGUGUUAAUUUUUAUAAAUUCUAUUAGAUUAUUUGGCGUAAGAAAUCUUGUCUUGAAAAAAAGAAAAGAAUGCAGGAUAUGAAUUGCGGUACAAUAACAGUACCACCCUGGGUGGUUACAAAAUACGUUGUCAGUUACUUGAGUAAAAUUGUACAAAACAGUAUUUCUCCAUUGAAUAGUAUAAAAAUUCGGUUGUUUUGCGUGAAAAUAUACUCCAGACUGAGUUAGGAGGUCAAGAAUCAGAGAGUUAAAGCACAGUUGUCACACUAUUUUUUUUUCUUUUCCUAUGGUAACUGGAUAUUUGUUUUAAUAUUUGAUUCAUAGUUUGAUAAGUCUAAUUCAAAGCUAUUUUAACCACCACGAUGCCUAAAGAAUGUAAACAUACAUCUUUUAAAACGUUUUCAUUUCUAGUGAUGGUGAAAUGAAAAACACUUUCUGCUUACUUUUAGGCUUUGACUCUCUGUAAGAAAAGUCUUUUUCAAAAAAAUGUUCUUGGUUACAGUUACAAUUCGUUCGAUAUAACAUGCAUAUGAUAAUCUCUAUAAAAGGGUUGUUCAAACAAAAAGUGGACAAAGCAUCAGAAAUACUGAAACCAUAAAACCACCACCAUUCCACGUUAUAAAGUAACUUAAGAGCAUCUCGGUUUGUGUGUAACAGAUUAAUCAGUUCACGUGAGAGCAUAUAAAAUCGUACUAAGAAGGUGAAUCAGGAAAGAGAAGUUAUAGAUCUCCCAUCACGAGUUGGCGUGUACAAAGUGAGACUCAAGCGCACCCGUAGAGUUUGUUCUAGCGAUUCAGAGGAAGAAGAAAGUCGAAGUGAAAGAAACGGAGAAUCGAGGGAAAGCAAAUAUAGACAGCCUAUUUAACAUUUCAUCGUCGUCCCUUCCCACUGAAUAGUGUUUUUUUCCAAAUGAAGAUUUUUCUACUGAUUCUACUUUUUACAUAAUUGUUUCACCAAUUCACUUGCUCUCAUAUUUCAUGCGUUUUAACUUUCCCCGCCCAUAAAAGGAAAUCCACUAAGCUUUCCCUCCAACUCGUCGAAGUUAAAUAAUACGAAUUUGAAAAGAAGGUGAUUGCACACUUCCUUUAUUUAUAUCAAAGUGCAACACAGGUGUUACCAAUCGUAAAUCUUCGAUUACCUCUAAUCAUUUCAUCAACAGCAGAUAUGAAUGUAGAGGAAAUAAUGACAUCUACUUGCUAUGAGACUUAGCUGAUGUAAAAUUGAUUUAGGCUAAUUCAUUUCCACAUUUGUCCCAAACAAUGUUCACCAUGAAUAUAACAUUUGACAACAAAUUUGACAAACCUGUAACCAUCAUAUCCCGUCACUAAAAAGCAUAUCAGCGCACAUUGCUCUGUUCUGGAAGCAUCCUUCUUAGCAUGACUUUAUUUUCACUUUAAAUGCUCACAUGCGAAGUUGUUAAUUAGUUAUACUCUUUUACUGUCAUUCAUAACCACGAAAGGUAGCCAAUAUCGUUACUAUAUUUCUAACUCAAUCACGCUCGUCCACUUUCCAUUUUAGUGAACCCAGCAUUUUUUUUAAAAUUUUUUUUAUGAAAUAUUCCUCAGGUAAUUCAGUUUUAAAGGAUGAAAAAUAUUUGAAUGAAAUUAUUAGUUUCCAAAUUACGGUGAAAAUCGCAAAAUGUAAAAGUGGCAAGCAUAAUUAUCAAAACCUUUGUUUGCUAUUUUUAUUGAAGUAUUAGGACCAUAUUUUGGAGUUCAAAAAAAAAAAAUUUUUUGAAAAAAAGGAUAUGGCUAUUCAUUCAUAAAUAUUUUAAUUUAAUGUCGUAAUUUAAUCCAAAGGUAGCACCGAUUAUUAUAACAUACUUGAAAUAUGCCUAAGAAGCUUAUUUUUAGAAAAAAUAUUCCAUUAGUCAUUUUAUUCGUUAAUUAAAGAUGUAUUAAAAAAGCACCGUUAUAGAUGAGAAAUGCAAUUCAAAACGAUGCGUUAAAAAUUUGAUUGCCUAUUAAAUUUGUAUUUAUGCAUGAAAAAAACAAAACAAUUAUUUUCUCAGUUUUGAAAAAAAAUUAUGCUAUUUUCUCUUUUUAUUUGAAUAAAGAAAACCAUUUAUCAGCUACCAUUUGAUCGAAAAGCAGACUUAGAACUAACUCUGCAGGACCAUUAUUAUUACUGAUGUAUAUCACCAAUAAUAUUCAUAAGAAUGUAAAUUCAUUUUUUGAAUAAAGAAAACUGUUCUAUAAUCUAA